AUGUGGUUGCGCGCUGUGACCUCGUUACCUCGCUCCGUCUAUAUUCAUAUACCGUUUUGCCGACGACGUUGUUACUAUUGUGACUUUGCCGUUUUGCCGGUUGGGCACUCGACGCGCGAAGUAUCGCAGCGACUUUGGGAGCAGCUCCAGGAGCUGAGCGCACAGGGACGUUCGCAGCACGCGCUCACUGCACCGUCGACGUCCUCGGACCGCACGCUAGACCGAAUUUAUGUCGAUGCCGUCAUAAGUGAAGUCUCGCAGACUCUUGAGCGGCUUCCUGAUCGGCCGAGCUCGCUGCCGGAGCUCGAUACGAUUUAUAUCGGAGGCGGGACGCCGUCGCUUCUACAUGUAGACGAGUUGGCGCGGCUCCUGAGUGUCUUGCCUCGUAGCGGACACACUGAAGUCACCAUGGAACUGGACCCGGGCACAUUUGAUGCGGUGCGUUUGCAUCAGUACCGUGACCUGGGUAUCACACGAGUCUCGGUCGGUGUGCAAGCCCUGUCGGAUGAGGUGCUGCGAGCCUGCGGCCGCAGCCACACGGUGAGAGAUAUUGAGCGCGCACUCGAUGAUCUUCAUCGCUGUGGCUUUGGUGAUGCCUACUCUCUCGACCUGAUCUGCGGCUUACCAAACCUGAGCCCAGGCGCUUGGAGCGAAACCCUAGCAAGGAUUGGAACCUGGAAGCCUCCGCAUGUUUCGAUCUAUGAUCUCAGCAUUGAGUCAGGGACUCGAUUUGCGGCGUGGUUGCGAGACGGGCUGCUCCAAUUACCCUUGGAAGAUGAAGCUGCAGAGAUGCUCAGGGAAGCCAUGAUAACGUUGCGGGAAACGUACGGCUUCGAUCACUACGAGGUCAGCAACUAUGCAAGGGAACCAGCGCUGCGCUCGCGGCAUAACCAAAUCUACUGGCGUGGAGGCGAGUACUUUGGAUUUGGAUUAAGUGCAAGUUCGUAUGUGCAUGGCAAACGCUUCGACCGGCAUCGGCAGCUUAAGGAGUAUCUGGAAUGGGUUUAUUCCGGAUGUUUACCGUUUGACGAGGUCGCCGGCGACACACUCGAUGAAUGGCUCAUGCUGCGUCUUCGCACACAAGAGGGCCUCUCGUUGGAUGCAUUGCAGGAGCGCUUUGGAGCACAAACCGUCGACCGUCUGCGGAUCGCUGCGGAACCUUUUUGCAGAAGCAGACACUUGGCCUUUCGUGAUGACGCGCACGGCAUAUCGUUGUAUGCGACGGAUCCAGACGGCUGGCUUAUUCUUUCACAUAUUGUCUUGGAGUUGCUUGUAGCGCUGGAAGGCUUCCAGGAUCGCUCGCCUGCACGACCAAACGGCAACAUUGCUGGCUGCAACGAGGACGCGUUGAAGCCGGUGCUCCUAUACGAAACCUCCUCAACCAGAGCUCAAGCCCCAAACUCGUAA